UAGAAUAAUAGAUCAGAACAAGAAAUGUACAUAACACUCUAUCGUCUAGAUUUAAAGUAUCGCGUGCAACUAAACAUAAUAAGUCCCACGUUUUUCAUCCUUCUACAAAAGUAGAGUUUUUAUUAAAGAGUAAAGUGCCUGUGAACCCCGGAAGGAAGCUGAUAUGGAUGUUCCAAGAUUUCUGCUGUUGCUGGUAGCAGCCUUCUCAUGUAAGGUAGCAGCGUGGGGCGAUGUUGGACACAUUGUUACCUGCCUGAUCGCAGAGUCCUUUUUCAAGGCGCCGACUCAGAAUGCAGUCACAGAUUUGCUUUCCGCUACUGGCUUGAACUUCUCACAGAGCUGCACUUGGGCAGAUCAAGUCAAACGCUCGUAUGCCUAUCGUUGGAGCGCUCCCUUGCAUUUUGCGGAUACGCCCGACAACGUUUGUGGAUACGACGAUGAGAGGGAUUGUCACUUCCUGGGAUUUAAAAACGUAUGCUGCACUGCGGCUGUCUACAACUAUACUUCGCAGCUUGAGAAUCAACGUUUGCUCGCCUAUAAUCGCACCGAGGCACUUAUGUUCUUGUCCCAUUACCUUGGAGAUAUUCAUGAGCCAAUGCACAUGGGAUUCCUGGUGGCAAUCGAGUCCGUGUUAGUUGGUACAAUCGCUCAACCAAUCUUCAUCAGGUGUGGGACGAAGAUAUUAUUCACACGGCUAUACAAAGGUACUAUGGCGGCUCAAUUGGGGUGCAGAAGAGGUUGCAAAAUGGAAAAACUGCCGCGGUCGAAAGUUUGGCUGUCCACUGAGAUGAGUACUUUGAGACGCGCUGGCCGAUUGUCAAAAUGCUCCUCGCACGCGGAGGUGUUCGACUUGGUGGAAUACUCAAUGAGGUUUUCAACGAAGGGGCUGUUCGUAAUUAUGAGUGAUCGAUCUGAUGGUCGCUGGAUUCCAGUGACUGUUCAUACGGAAAAGAGGAAUAUUUUUCAUUGCGAGCUUCGUUCUGGUUAUUUGCAACACUCGCUUCUCGAUUAUGGUUACCUUAAGGAGCGUGGUGUUGCUGUUGGCAGCAUUCUCAGCCGAAGUUGCCGUCUCUUUUCAAGGCACCGACUCAGAGCGCAGUCACUAGCCGUGACUAGCCUCAACUUCUCGCACGCCUGCUUAUGGCCAGAUCAAGUUAAACGUUCGUAUGCUUAUAGCUGGAGCGCUCCUCUCCAUUUUGCAGACACACCCGACAACGUUUGUGGAUUUGCUGAUAAAAGGGAUUGUCACUACUUUGGAGCUAAAAACGUGUGCAUAACUGCUGCUAUCUACAACUACACUUCGCAGCUCGAGCAUCAGCACAACGUCACCUAUAAUCUCACAGAAGCACUUAUGUUCUUAGCUCAUUUCUUGGGGGACAUUCAUCAGCCAAUGCAUUUGGGAUUCCUUGGCGAUCUCGGUGGCAACACUAUACUUCUGACUUGGUACAACCGCUCCAGCAAUCUUCAUCGGGUGUGGGACUCAGAUAUCAUCAACAAGACUCUGGAAAGAUUUUAUGCGGGUUCCAUUGCAAGCAUGGAACAUGAUAUCAAGAAAAGCAUCACUGCAGAGGAGGCUGCAAAGUGGGGACACUGUCCUGGUGAAGAGUUUACCUGUCCAGUAAGGUAUGCGAAGGAGAGCAUCAAAUUUGCUUGUGCUUCGGGUUACAAGGAUGCACCUCAAAACUCUACAUUGGCUGAUGCGUAUUUCGAGACGCGUUGGCCAAUUGUGAAACUGUUGCUUGCACGAGCUGGUGUUCGUCUCGCUAAUACUCUCAAUAAGGUGUUAGACAAACUCGUGAACAUUGUCCAUGAGUAAGGAACUUAUCUCUUGAAUUAAAGGUUUCAUUUUU